UAAUAAGACGCACAAAAAUAAAUUAAAAGCCGUAUCUAUUUUUAUGGCGAGAUAACGAUGUUUGAGCGAAUUAUCACGAGUACGUCUGAUAAAUGUUUUACCGAAAUACUCAACAAAACAGGAGCGUGCCAGUUAACGUCAUGAAAUAAACUGUUUUAAAUUGUAUUAAUUACAAACUAUCUGACCAUGCCUGUGCUGUGUUUUAGUAGUUUUCAUACUACAUGAGAGUGAAAUACUUGGUGUUUUAACUUUACCUAUUUAUAGCCGGUUCACUUUUAGACUAAGUUGAGGAGUAUAUGCAAAGUAUGUGUAAAUGAAAAAAGUUCAGAGAUGUCGUUACACAUACACUGAAUUAUUUUGUAAUAGUUUCAGCAAUCCCGACGAAAAAUGCUAGAGAUGUCACACUCUGACGACAUAGAAAAUGAAAGUUGUAAACUCGCCCCGAAUUCCGACGAUUCGGUAGUAGUUCCUACAGGGCAUGAAAAACUGGAAAUUAAGUACACACCCAACGACAACAAACGUAAAACGUCCACUUGUGUCUUGAAAACUCACAUACCCUACGGAAUCCUCACCAUUAGCCUAUUUCAGAUAUUGUGCCACGUUACUUUUGACGAAAAUUUUCGAAAACUGUUACGUUUUGAACCGAAGAAAUUAACCCAAGCUUGGCGGUUUGUAACCUAUAUGUUACUACACGAAGACUGGAUUCACUUGUUACUUAACGUGUUAAUGCAGACUCUGUUUGCCUACUUCCUCGAACUAAGACACUGCCGAGUCUACGUCGUGGUACUAUAUUUCACCGGAGGAAUCACCGCCGUCCUCGGAGCUUCCUGUUUUCACCCGGAUUUGGUGAUCGGAGCGUCCGGAGGAGUCUACACUCUCCUGAUAUCCAACAUCUCCGACAUCUUCAUGAAUUUCGAAAGCAUCCGGUACAAGGUUUAUCGAGGCCUUUGCAUUCUUAUUAUUGUUGUGUCUGAUAUUGUCUACAACGUCAUCCACUUCCACGUGAAGAAGGAUCCAGUGAUAUCGUGGGAAACCCACAUCGUCGGGGGAACGUCAGGACUUUUCCUAGGACUUGUGUUUUAUCGAAAGGAAGUCCAGAAAGCGAGACUACGAAAGUUGAGUCUGUUCUGGCUAGGACUCACUCUGUAUCUUAUUUUGUUGAUCUCUUUGGUUGUUGUGGUAGUACAAAUCAAAAAGUGUACUCCAGUCAGUGCCAUGCUUAGAGAGUACGUCUAUUUUUGUUGACUUUUUACAUUAAAUAAAGCGUCAAUUUCGA